AUGGCUCAUAAUUACGAGGUGGGCACGCGGGCCUGGCAGCCUGAUCCGACGGAGGGCUGGAUUGCGUCUGAGGUGAAGGAGAAACUUGUUGAUGGGGAUAAAGUGCAACUCAUCUUUUCUAUAGAGAAUGGAGAGACAAAAACCUUCGAAACCAGUCAAGCUGAAUUGCAGAUUGACAACAACCCGAACUUGCCUCCGCUGAUGAAUCCUGCCAUGCUGGAGGCCAGUGAGGAUCUUACCAAUUUGUCGCACCUCAAUGAGCCUGCUGUUCUCCAGGCUAUAAAACUACGUUAUGCACAGAAAGAAAUAUAUACCUAUAGUGGCAUCGUCCUUAUCGCUACAAAUCCCUUUGCCCGAGUGGACUCUCUCUAUGUUCCUCAAAUGGUGCAGGUUUAUGCCGGAAAACAUCGAGCCUCACAAGCACCUCAUCUAUUCGCAAUUGCCGAGGAAGCAUUCGCCGAUAUGCUACGAGAUGGGAAGAAUCAGACCAUUGUUGUUUCUGGUGAAUCCGGGGCCGGAAAAACUGUCAGCGCGAAGUAUAUCAUGCGCUAUUUUGCGACCCGUGAAUCCUCUGACCAGCCUGGCAAGUAUACCACGAGUCGGGCAGAUGCUAUAAGCGAGACCGAAGAGCAGAUUUUAGCCACGAAUCCUGUCAUGGAAGCCUUUGGAAAUGCGAAGACAACACGCAAUGAUAAUUCUUCUCGCUUUGGGAAGUACAUCGAGAUUAUGUUUGAUGACAAAACCAAUAUCAUAGGUGCAAAGAUCAGGACUUAUCUACUGGAGAGAUCUCGUCUGGUGUUUCAGCCCCUCAAAGAGCGAAAUUACCAUAUCUUCUACCAGUUGGUAGCUGGUGCGACGGAUUCAGAGAGGCAAGAACUUGGCCUGACUUCGAUCGAAGAUUUUGAUUAUCUUAGUCAAGGCGGAACACCGACCAUUGAUGGUGUUGAUGAUCGAACGGAAUUCACUGCGACAAAAAGAUCCUUGAGUACCAUUGGAGUGCCCGAGAGAACCCAAGUGGAAAUCUUCAGAGUGCUCGCAGCCUUGCUUCAUCUCGGCAAUGUUAAGAUUACUUCUACAAGGACGGAUUCAAAUUUGUCACCCUCGGAGCCUUCUCUUGUACGAGCGUGUGAUAUGCUUGGGAUUGAUGCCAACGAAUUUUCAAAAUGGAUAGUGAAAAAGCAGCUGAUCACAAGGGGUGAAAAGAUUACCUCUAAUCUCACCCAGCAACAAGCAAUUGUUGUGAGAGACUCUGUUGCCAAAUUCAUCUAUUCGAGUUUGUUCGAUUGGCUUGUUGACAAGAUCAACCGCGGUCUGGCUACUGAUAAUAUCUUGAACAACUUUAGAUCCUUCAUUGGAGUUUUGGAUAUCUACGGAUUUGAACAUUUCGCGAAGAACUCCUUCGAGCAGUUUUGCAUCAAUUAUGCCAACGAGAAAUUGCAGCAGGAGUUCAAUCAGCACGUCUUCAAACUUGAGCAAGAAGAAUACAUACGUGAACAGAUAGAUUGGACUUUCAUUGACUUCUCAGAUAACCAACCUUGUAUUGAUUUGAUUGAAGCGAAACUGGGUAUUCUGUCUCUCCUGGAUGAAGAGUCCCGACUACCUAUGGGUUCAGAUGAGCAGUUCGUGACCAAGCUCCAUCAUAACUUUGCCGCAGACAAGCAGAAAUUCUAUAAAAAGCCGCGUUUCGGCAAAUCUGCGUUCACGAUCUGCCAUUACGCUGUCGAUGUAACGUAUGAAUCUGAUGGAUUCAUAGAGAAGAACAGGGAUACUGUACCUGACGAACACAUGGAGAUCCUGCGCAGCUCCUCUAACGAGUUUGUGAAGGAGAUUCUCGAUACUGCUGCCGCUGUCCGUGAGAAGGAUUCGGCUUCGAUUUCCUCUAAACCUGUUGCCGCUCCGGGGCGCAAGAUCGGAGUCGCUGUCAAUCGCAAGCCAACUCUUGGUGGAAUAUUUAAGUCAUCAUUGAUCGAGCUAAUGAACACGAUCAACUCGACAGAUGUUCAUUAUAUCCGCUGUAUCAAACCCAAUGAGGCCAAGGAGCCCUGGAAAUUCGAGGGACCAAUGGUUCUCAGUCAAUUGAGAGCCUGCGGUGUUCUCGAAACUGUUCGUAUCAGUACAGCUGGCUACCCAACCCGCUGGACUUACGAAGAAUUCGCAGUCAGAUACUACAUGCUAUGCCAUUCAUCGCAAUGGACGUCGGAAAUCAGAGAUAUGUGUCAUGCCAUUUUACAGAAGGCUCUCGGGGACGGUACUCAGCAAAAGCAAGACAAGUAUCAGUUAGGUUUGACCAAAAUUUUCUUCCGCGCUGGCAUGCUUGCUUUUCUGGAGAAUCUCCGUACAUCCAGGCUUAAUGAGUGUGCAAUAAUGAUUCAGAAGAAUCUGCGGUGCAAGUACUACCGGCGCAGGUAUCUCGAUGCUCGUGCCUCUAUUCUCACAACCCAAGCUCUGGUUCGGGGUUUUCUUGCGAGGCAGUAUGCGGCUGAGACUCGCAAGAUAAAAGCAGCUACAACUAUUCAACGAGUGUGGAGAGGGCACAAGGAAAGAAAGAAGUACAAUCAAAUCCGCGCGAACUUCAUCCUUUUCCAGUCGGUUGCUAAAGGAUUUCUCUGCCGUCAAAACAUCCUAGACACCAUACAUGGCAAUGCAGCCAAAGUAAUACAGCGCUCUUUCCGCUCCUGGCGGCAAUUACGCGCGUGGAGGCAAUACCGGAAGAAUGUCGUUAUCGUUCAGAACCUCUGGAGAGGGAAGCAGGCUAGGAAGCAAUACAAAAAGCUUCGAGAAGACGCAAGAGAUCUGAAGCAAAUAUCCUACAAGCUCGAGAACAAGGUGGUAGAACUAACACAAUACCUUGAGUCAUUGAAACGUGAGAACAAGGCGUUAAACUCGCAAUUGGAGAACUAUGAAACCCAACUGAAAUCAUGGAGAAGCCGUCACAAUGUCCUCGAAAAUCGUUCGAGAGAGCUGCAGGCCGAAGCCAAUCAAGCUGGCAUCACUGCUGCUCGCUUAACCGCGAUGGAAGAUGAAAUGCACAGGUUGCAGCAAAAUCAUCAUGAUGCUCAGGCGACGGUGAAGAGACUUCAGGAGGAGGAAAGAAUAUCACGGGAAUCUAUCCGUUCUGCGAACGAAGAGCUGGAGCGACUCCAGCAGUUGAACAGCGAGGCAGAGAACGAGAAGGCUUCUCUUCGUCAACAAAUCGUCGAACUCGAGGAAAAGCUUGAAAUUGCGAAGCGGGCCGUUCCCGUCAAUGGCUUGGGUGGUGAUCAUACGAACGGCGGAUCAACUCAACCGCCCGCAGCUGGCCUGAUCAACCUGGUGUCUUCAAAAAAGCCCAAGCCCAAAAGACGUAGCGCUGGUGCCGAACGUAUUGACACAGACCGCUUUAGUGGAGCUUACAACCCAAGACCAGUCUCUAUGGCAAUUCCGAGCUCCGCAAUGGGACGGCAGCCAUUCACAGGCAACACAUUUUCUCCAGGCUUGGAUUCGGUUGAGGUAGAGCUCGAGAAUCUUCUCUCUGAGGAAGACGAACUCAAUGAAGAGGUAACAAUGGGCCUGAUUCGCAAUCUAAAGAUCCCAGUACCUAGUUCUACACCUCCGCCUACGGAGAAGGAGGUUCUUUUCCCGGCAUACCUCAUCAACCUUGUUACUUCGGAAAUGUGGAACAAUGGUUUCGUGAAGGAAUCAGAGCGCUUCUUGGCCAAUGUGAUGCAGUCGAUACAGCAAGAGGUUAUGCAGCACGAUGGCGACGAUGCCGUUAACCCUGGGGCUUUCUGGCUAUCCAAUGUACACGAAAUGCUAUCGUUCGUUUUCUUGGCUGAAGAUUGGUACGAAGCCCAAAAAACUGAUAACUUCGAGUAUGAUCGCCUGCUGGAGAUUGUCAAACACGAUCUAGAGAGCCUCGAGUUCAAUAUCUACCAUACUUGGAUGAAAGUACUAAAGAAAAAGCUCUUCAAAAUGAUUGUACCAGCGAUCAUCGAAUCCCAGUCGCUUCCAGGCUUCGUUACAAGUGAAACGAAUCGAUUCCUCGGAAAGCUUCUUCCGUCCAACAACAAUCCUGCUUACAGUAUGGAUAAUCUCCUCAGUCUUCUCAAUAAUGUCUACAAGGCCAUGAAGGCUUUCUAUCUUGAGGAGUCUAUCAUUACUCAAACAGUGACCGAACUUCUUCGACUCGUGGGCGUUACAGCUUUCAAUGACCUGCUGAUGCGCAGGAAUUUUCUAUCUUGGAAACGUGGCUUGCAAAUUAACUACAAUAUCACCCGCAUCGAAGAGUGGUGUAAGAGCCACGAUAUGCCCGAAGGCACACUGCAGUUGGAGCAUUUGAUGCAAGCAACGAAACUUUUGCAGUUGAAGAAGGCGACCCUCAAUGAUAUAGAGAUUAUCCAAGAUAUCUGCUGGAUGCUGUCCCCGAACCAGAUACAGAAAUUGUUGAACCAGUAUCUUGUUGCUGAUUACGAACAACCUAUCAAUGGCGAAAUCAUGAAAGCCGUUGCGUCUCGUGUCACUGAGAAGAGCGAUGUGCUUCUUCUGACCCCCGUUGACAUGGAAGACAGUGGCCCGUACGAGAUUGCAGAGCCACGUGUCAUCACAGCCUUGGAAACCUAUACACCCUCUUGGCUACAAACACCGCGACUUAAACGGCUCGCCGAAAUAGUGUCGGCUCAGGCGAUGGCACAACAGGAAAGGCUAGACAUGGCAGAAACCAGCGAGGGAUUGAUUACCGCUAAAUAG